AUGUCUGAACCCAUUCUCUAUGAGGUCCGCGACCGCAUCACUGUGAUCACCCUUAAUCUUCCAAACAAGCUCAAUGCUCUCAAUGGAGAGCAGUAUCUUCAAUUGGCCAAAUAUCUCCAGGAGGCCGACGAUGAAGAGGACACAGUAUGUACCCUUAUUCAAUCAACGGGCCGGUAUUUCUCGGCCGGCGCUAACUUUGCCGAUAAGGCGUUGAUGGAGGGCGACCCUGCGGAGGUGUUUUCGCAUGAGUUUUGGUUGAAGAGCUUUGCCGGCAGAAAUGUGUAUCUCACCGACUUGCUUCACAACCACAAGAAGGUGUUGGUUGCAGCACUCAACGGUCCGGUGAUCGGGUUGUCUUCCGCUAUAGUGGCCUUGUGCGACCUCGUGUACGCUGUUGACGAGUCGAAGGUCAAUCUUUUGGCGCCAUUUUCCAACUUGGGGUUGGUCGCUGAGGGUGCUACCUCGGCCACCUUAUUCACCCGUUUGGGCUGGUCAAAAGCUUCCGAGGCCUUGCUCUUUGCAAAGCCUGUGAGCGGCGCGGAUUUGAACAAAGCAGGCUUUUUCAACAAAGUGUACGACGGGAAGAACUACUCCACCGAGGAGUUCAACACGGAAGUGUUUGAAGACUUGAAGCGCAGUUUUGAUGGCUUGUACGAGCCUUCCAUCUUCGCCAACAAACAACUUCUCAAGGCCAACAGGGACCAAUUGGUCAACGCUGCCAGCUCCAAGGAGGCUGUGAUUGGCUUCAACAGAUGGAUCCAGGGUAUUCCGCAGGCUCGGUUCAUGGAGGUGAAAAACAAGGAACGUCAGCACAAGAUUUAG